AGGUUAGUUGUAAAAUCGCGUUCGUACGUUGAAGAUCGCUUGGAUCUCUUGGGUCGGAAAAUUCACAAAUUAAAUACUCGUUGUGUGAGAAGAGCAGAGUAGCAAUAAAAUUACAAAAAAAAACCAAAUAUAUAAAUUUAUUUUGGUAAUUUUUUCUCCUUUCGCUGUUUUUUUUUUGUGUGCGUCGAGCAGUCGGUCAACAGAAACCGUUAGUUAAAGUCGUUUUACGCAUUGUGUUGUUGCUUUAUUUUAAAAAUUUGACAAAUUUUGUUUUUGUUCACUUUGUCAUUUUACAAACGAUUUUUUAAUACUCGUCGGUUUUUUUUGUCCUACCAGUGCGUUCUACCAGUAAAAAAGCAACGAAUUUUUUUUCUUAAGCUUAUCUACUGCAAGUUAUUUGUAAUAAAUUUCAUUUAUAAACUUUAAAAAGAUUUUUAAUUAAUAAAAAAAAAAUUAAUAAAAAUGGUUGAAACCGUCAUUAACGUUGAACGUACCACAACACAAACAACAACUACCAGCACAGGUGGCGGGUUGAGUGCGUUGACAAUAAAUAUUGGAUAUUUUACAACUGUGCCCGGCAUUAUAAAACUCGUGCAAUUUAUACUUGGCAUAAUAUGUAUGGCCUGUGCGUCACCUGCAUACAUAUCAGCAACAUCAUUUUUCCUCUUUGUAGUAGUCAUAUCUUUUAUUGCAACUAUUCUAUGGAUUUUUGCCUAUCUUCUGGGCAUUCGGGAAGCACUUAAUGUAGCCAUUAAUUGGAUUUUCACGGAACUUAUUAAUACUGCCAUUGCAACGGUUUUAUACUUCAUCGCCUUUGUUGUACAAUUGGCCAAGUGGUCAUCAUAUCCACACAGUUAUGGUUAUGGUUCAAAUAUAGCUGCCGGAGUCUUUGGUCUAUUCAACUUUUUGGCUUACGCCGCGGGUUCAUAUUUUCUUUACUUAGAAUUUAGAAGUGGAGCCACACAUUAGUCAGCAACACAGCCCAAUAAAAAUGUUCACCAACUACACUAUUUCAAAGCAACCAUUGCUCCAUUCGCUCGCCCACCCACCAACUAACUCACCCACGUCACGUGUCUAUUUGUCACUUCUCAUUCACUUGGAUAAUCCAGUGAACAGAACAAUUAUAUAUAGUCAUGAAAACAA